AUGGAUAGUGGCAGAUGGGCUGCAAUGGUCGGGGACGGCGCAGCCAAUAUGACAGCUGCCCAUAUCUGGCUGAGUGUCUUCAACUCCUCCAGCCCGCCGAGCCGCUGGAGCGGCCGUCCGCCCUCCGAGGGGACCGCGCUGGACGACCGGGACCGGCUGAUCCGGGAGCAAGCCUACCGCGACUUCACCACCGCCGUCCAGGUUCUCAUCCUCAUAGGGUCACUACUUGGGAACGCCAGCGUGUUGUGGUGCACCUGUUCCACAAACGUCUUCAAAUCGGUGACCAAUCGCUUCAUCAAAAACCUCGCUUGCACGGGUAUCUGUGCCGGAUUGGUGUGUGUUCCCUUCGACGUGGCGCUGGGCUCCAGCCCUCACUGCUGCUGGUGGCUUCACACGCUGCUGCUCUGCAAGGCCGUCAAGUUCCUCCACAAACUCUUCUGCUCGGUCACCGUGCUCAAUUUCAGCGUCAUUGCACUUGACAGAUACUAUUCGGUGCUAUACCCACUCGAGAGGAAGAUUUCAGAUGCCAGGUCUAGGGAUCUGGUCAUCUACAUUUGGGUCCACGGGGUGGUGGUGAGCCUUCCUGUCUUUGCCGUGACCAACGUCACCGAUGUGUACGUGACGUCAUCCUGCUCGGAAGAUCACGCCCAGUCCCUGGGGCACACGCUUUACGUGUCCAUCUACAACAUUACCACAGUUAUCCUCCCUCUGGCGUUGGUCUUCUUCUUCAUGCUGCUAAUCCGCAGAGCGCUCAGUGCCAGCCAGAAGAAGAAGGUGAUCAUCGCGGCCUUGCGGACGCCACAGAACAGCAUCUCCAUCCCGUAUGUAUCUCGACGGGAGGCAGAGUUGCACGCCAGUCUCCUGGCCAUCGUGCUGGCUUUUUCUGCCUGCAGCGCCCCCUAUGGUGCUUUGGUGAUCUAUCGGACCCUUUUGGUGGAGCCCAAAGACCUGCCAGCAUCUCUGUACCUCACAGCUUUAUGGCUCCCUAAGGUGUCCCUGCUCACUAACCCACUUUUAUUCUUGACUGUUAAUCACUCGGUACGCCACAUUUGCCUGGAACUGCUGUCCAGAAUCCAUCGACGCUACAGCCGACGUAACAUGGUCAGCACGGGGGCUCUGGCCUCCCUGGGCGGGGAGGUUGUGAUAGGAGAACCAAUGGGACUGGAGACAGCAGGUCGCUCCGGAAGCCAACUUCUGGAGAUGUUCAACAUCGGCCAGCAGCACAUUUUUCAACCCUCUGAGGAGGAAGAGGACAUUGUAACAAAUGAGAUCCCACCUCACAGUUCAGAGGGGCUAAAAGAGGACCACAAGAACAGUUCAGGGUCAAGAGGCCUCCGGGCACAUGUCAUCACCCAAAACGAUCUGUUGCAGGGACAUGGUGGCGGUCUCAUAAAGGAAGGCACGCCUACGAUGACGGCACUGCACUCAUCUCCGGUCCACACGUGUGCUUACACCUCAUCGUCGCAGGUGGCCCCAGCUACCCUUACAGAAACAGAAGAUCCCACGCAGUUUGGGUUCGGACCCUUUGAACUGCCUCCUCAGUGGUUACCAGAGACAAGGAACAGCAAGAAGAGGCUGCUGCCGCCAUUGGGCAACACACCUGAGGAGCUGAUCCAGACCAAACUGCCCAAGCCACGGCCUGAACGGCGAAUAAGCAGGAACAACAAGGUCAGCACCAUCUCUGCUGUGGACCCAUGA